CCAGCUUUUCCGAGUCAACAAGUUUCGCAGCAUCACUUCCAUUGCUAUCUUCCUCGUCCUGCACCUCGAAGUCUUUCCCUCAUUCUCUUCCGGUUCACUCUUUAAUCUGUACCUGCCUUAUUUUACUGCGCUAUGUCCCCCUCAGUGUCAGAUGCGGCUGCGAAGGCCGCGGCAGCAGUCGCAGCACCAUCUUCUGCAGCGAAAGAGUAUAAGAAGGAGUCGACAGCAGCCCGAUUUCUUGGUGCAGGAUGUGCCGGCAUUGCGGAAUUGAUGGUCUUCCACCCAGUCGACACAACAGCGAAACGACUGAUGAGCAACCAUGGCAAGAUCACAUCCGCUUCGCAGCUCAACUCGGUCGUUUUCAAGGACAAGGCGAAUGCUUCUGUUGGCGGCCGAUUCUUCUCGCUUUUCCCUGGUUUAGGUUAUGCUGCAGCAUACAAAAUCCUCCAGCGAGUUUACAAGUACGGUGGCCAGCCCUUUGUCAGGGACUACCUGGCAAAGAACCACGGUGACAGCUUCGAUCGCACAUUUGGCAAAGGAAAUGGAAAGGCUAUCAUGCACGCCACAGCCGGAAGUCUUGUUGGUAUUGGAGAGAUUGUUCUCCUUCCUCUGGACGUCUUGAAGAUCAAGCGACAGACCAACCCUGAGGCCUUCCGAGGACGAGGCCUCUUCAAGAUCAUUGGUGACGAGGGCUUUGGUCUCUACCGUGGCUGGGGAUGGACUGCCGCACGUAACGCACCUGGCUCAUUUGCGCUCUUCGGAGGUUCUGCUGCCGCUAAGGAGUACUUCUUCAAGCUCUCCGACUAUAAUGCCGCUACUUGGAGCCAGAACUUCGUUGCCUCAAUCGCCGGAGCAAGUGCAUCUCUCAUCGUUUCCGCUCCUCUUGAUGUCAUCAAGACCCGAAUUCAGAACAGGAACUUCGAGAACCCUGAGAGUGGCUUCAAGAUUCUGUCCAAGAUGGCUCGUAACGAGGGAUUCUCUUCAUUCUUCAAGGGUCUUACUCCCAAACUUCUCAUGACCGGACCUAAGCUUGUAUUCUCCUUCUGGCUAGCACAGACAUUGAUUCCUGCUUUCAACAACUUGCUAUAGACGGACGACUCACAGAAUCACUAGCGUAAUGGCUUCUCACUUGUAUUAUAGAUAAUGUAUUGGGUUUCAUGAUGCCAGGGUAAUGCAGAUAUGCUGCAUUUACGGAGGAAACGGUCUGCGAUUAUAUCCAAAUCCAUAGUGUCUGGGAAACAUAGAAGAACUUCUCUC